AUGAGCUCGUCCAAGAGAAUCCGCAUUCGAGCCCCGGGGCAUGUGCUCAACCCUAAGGCCAAUGACAUAGAAACGGGAUGGCCGGUUCUCGCCAAUGCGAUAGAUAUGAUAUAUGAGCGCCGGGAAUCCACUCUGUCUUUUGAAGAACUGUACCGACUGGUGUACGACCUGGUGCUGCGCAAGUUUGGGCGCGAGCUGAGGACGCGGAUACUGGACACGCUGCAGCACAAAAUAUGGUCGGCUGCCAAGACGGAAAUUCCGUGCACUGCACAAGCGGCUGAGUUUGUGGACGAGAUGUACGCUCUGUGGGAGCGCCAGCACUCGUGCCUGAAUGCCGUCUGGGGCGUCACCAUGUACAUUGAUUCGAGCGCUGGGCAUUCCCAUGGAAACGAUAUCUAUUCGGUUGCCCUAAUGAAGAUGCAGAAUCUGAUUCUAGCGCCAGUGCUACCGCGUAUUGUGCGCUACAUGCUGGACGAACUAAACCGCGCGCGGGAAUCUGGCGUGCAGGCGGUGAACAUGCAGACAUACCUCAGGGCAGCAGCGCUAGCCCGCAGCCUGUGGCUCCCUGAACUGGGGCCCAGCAGCGAUCUUACUAAGCAGCUGCUGGAGGAUACACAUACGUUUUAUUCCUCGUGGCGCAAGAAGCAUGCCGACAACCCGAUGCGGUAUAUCAUGGAGGUCGAUACGGUGCUCAAGACCGAGGUAGAGCUUUUACGGGAACUUGGCUACACCGACGCCACGAUCAAAACAUGCCGGACGAUGGUGAUUGAGGUGCUGGUGUCCGAGAACAUUGGCUUUAUUCUGCCAAUAUGCCUGCAGGAGUGCAUUGAUGCUGGCGACGAGGAAAACCUGGAUCUACUACUCUCUCUAUGCACCACCGACCAGGACGCAUCCCAGUUCCUGGUUGCACUCUCCGAAUGUGUCGAGAAAGAAGGCAUGGCAAUCCCGGAUGUGUCCGUGUCGAAGCGCAAGGCAGAUGCGGCCGUUGCCUGGGUUAAAGCGCUUACCAAGCUUCGAACAAAGUAUACCAGUCCCUUCAAGAAGUAUACUGACUCUAAUGGGUGCUACCUGAAAACUAUAGGGGAUGCCCUGGCAGCGCUGCUCAGCAACCAGCCGGCCAAGACGGUGGACUAUCUGGUCAUGUCCAUUGACAGCGUGCUGCGGAGCAAUACCACACUCGAAGAGGAACAACAAGAAUUGUUAGAGCGCUGCAUAUCGUUUUUUAUUCUCAUGCGGGACAAGGAUCUCUUCGAGCUGUCUUACAGACAGCAGCUGUCCAAGCGCCUCCUGCAACGUAAGUCGCCGUUCCACCUAGAGCAGUGGAUGGUGGGGAAAAUGACACAGGAAGUGGGAAUCCACUACACUUCCAACCUGGAAGGCAUGUUGCGCGACGUCAAGCUCUCGCAGGGCUACUCCGCCAAGUUCAGUGCGCCUGCUGCCGCAGCAGGCGCCGCGUACCAGAUGGAUGUCUUGACACCGACGUUCUGGCCGUUCCAGCAGGUGGAGACGCUGGCGCAGGACAUCACACUGCCCGACGAGCUGGCAGCCGCCAGGUCCUCGUACGAGGGUCUCUACGUCUCGCAACACUCCGGACGCAGACUGAAGUGGGCAUACCACCUGGGCUCCGUGGAGAUCGGCCACCAGUUCGGCCAGUCUUACCACGAGCUCACGAUGUCGACCUAUGCCGCCACCAUCUUCCUGCUCUUCCGAGACUACGCAGAACUGACCACCGAGCAGAUCCAGGACCUGACCGCAAUCCCAGAUGCCGAGCUGCAGCGCCAGCUCAUCUCGCUCGCCGUCGCGCCGCGCACACGCAUCCUCACCAAAACCCCUCCCUCCCGCACCAUCGCGCCCUCGGACCACUUUGCAGUCAACACGGCGUUCACGGCGCCGACCACCAAGGUCCGCGUCGCCACUGUCGUGGUCAAGUCCGAGCAGGCGGCCGCGCUACCAGAUGUCCUCGCCGCCAGUAGGGUCCAGGCCAUAUCCGCCGCGGUUGUGCGCCAGCUCAAGACAGAGCGCACCAUGGCACACACAGAGCUCCAGGACGCAGCGGUGCGCGCGCUCCAGCGCCACUUCGCCGUGUCCACGUCCAUGUUCAAGCGCGCGAUCCAGUCCCUGCUCGAGAAGGAGUACAUACAGCGCGACGCGCACAGUCCAGACCGCUACCACUACCUGGCCUAG